GGGAGUGUAAUUUGUUAUUCUUUUUUUUAUUUUAAUUUCUGUUGGUUGUGUGACACACAUAUAAUUAAUUUAAAUUCAUUCAUUGAAAUCAAAAGAUUGUACAAUGUUUGCACUACGCCGUACUCUCAACAUGGCCCAUCGAAACCAGGCGCAUUUGCUGCGCGCUGCUUUCCAAGCCAACUUCUCUGCCAGCGCCUUGAUGGCCCAAAAGAUUCGCGCUGGACCCGUGGUCGAUGUGCUCGGAGAUGAGAUGACCCGCAUCAUCUGGCAGUCGAUCAAGGAUAAGCUGAUUCUGCCCUUCCUCGACAUUGAGUUGCACACAUUCGAUCUGGGUAUCGAGUACCGUGACAAGACCGAGGAUCAGGUGACCAUCGAUUGUGCCGAGGCCAUCAAGAAGUACAAUGUGGGCAUCAAGUGUGCCACAAUUACUCCGGAUGAGAAGCGCGUCGAGGAGUUUAAGCUGAAAAAGAUGUGGAAGUCACCCAAUGGCACCAUUCGCAACAUUCUCGGUGGCACCGUCUUCCGUGAGGCCAUCAUUUGCAAGAAUGUGCCACGUUUGGUCUCCGGCUGGGCGAAACCCAUUGUCAUUGGCCGCCACGCCCAUGCCGAUCAGUACAAGGCGGUGGACUAUGUGGUUCCCGGUCCCGGCAAGCUGACCAUGACCUGGAAGGGCAACGAUGGCCAGAUCAUUGAGGAGGUCAUCAAUGACUUCAAGGGACCCGGCGUUGCACUCGGCAUGUUCAACACAGACGCCUCCAUUGUGGACUUUGCCCACGCUUCCUUCAAAUACGCUCUGGACCGCAAGAUGCCGCUGUACAUGAGCACCAAGAACACAAUCCUGAAGAAGUACGAUGGCCGCUUCAAGGACAUCUUCGAGGACCUGUACGAGAAGACAUACAAGAAGGAUUACGAGGCUGCUGGCAUCUGGUACGAGCACAGGCUGAUCGAUGAUAUGGUCGCCUACUGCAUGAAAUCCGAGGGUGGCUUCGUCUGGGCCUGCAAGAACUACGAUGGCGAUGUCCAGUCCGAUUCCGUUGCCCAGGGCUAUGGCUCUCUGGGUCUGAUGACCUCUGUGCUGCUGUGCCCCGAUGGCAAGACCGUUGAGGCUGAGGCUGCUCACGGCACAGUGACGCGUCACUUCCGUUUCUAUCAGCAGGGCAAGGAGACCUCCACCAAUCCCAUUGCCUCGAUCUUUGCCUGGACACGUGGUCUGCUCCACCGUGCCAAGCUGGACGACAAUCUGCCACUGAAGAACUUUGCCGAGACACUCGAACAGGUGUGCGUCGACACCAUCGAGGGUGGCGCCAUGACCAAGGAUCUGGCCAUUUGCAUCAAGGGCAGCAUCAGUGCUGUCGAACGCAAGGACUACCAGGAGACCUUCGAGUUUAUGGAUACGCUGGCCAAGAACCUGCAGACUGCUCUGGCAGCCGGCAACAAGAAGGCACAGGCUUCCCAUAUUUAAGCGAACACACUCAUCCUUAAUGUCAUCUAUGUGCAUGUUCUUUGGUUCUAUGUUUUUCUGUGCAUGUUCAUUGUCUCUGAGAGACCUCAUCAGCAUUUUUCCCCCCUCACCUAAAUGUGAAAAAGAACAAUUUUCUAAAUAAACAUAUUUUUAUACCAAUAA